AUGUCCUCGGAAGAAGAUAAUAUCGAAUUGAGAGAUUUGGUUGCCCAAACAUUGGAAGCCAAUGGAGUACUUGCCCAAAUAAAAGCUCAGCUGCGGGCUAGUGUAUUUCUAGCCUUAGAUGAAGAUGUCAAGGUUGUCGAGAGAGCGAAUACUGCUUUGCCAGGAUCUCCUCAGACUCAAAGUAUUGCUAAAAUAACGAUAGAAAGCAUUAAUUUGAAAGUGCCACAUCUCACACCCAACGAUGACAUAAAGUUGCAGUUGUUGACACGUAUCAAAGCAGAUGAGUCUAUGAUGAUACCGUUUCGCCGAUGGGAAUUGCACGAGCUACCAGCACUCACACAAGGAUCUACCAUAGAAAUCUGGUCCGUCAAGACAUGUUCUGCAUUGGACAGUCCAAGAUAUGUUAUAGUAUUUUUCCAAACGAAAAAAGCCGAUAAUUUGCAUGAAGACGUCACCUUGUUCGAUAAUGCCAACAUCAAAUCCAUACGAUUGGCUCUGAAUAGCGACUAUUAUCCGCAAGAACGAAUGCUAUUGGACUUUUCCCGAGACCAAUAUGCCGACGCCCACUUCAACUAUACAGAGUUCAACAAGAGCUACCAUAACUGUCAAGAAAAGCGCUCUCUAGUAAACUUUGCCGAAUUCAAAUCCCGACCAAUGUUUGUUAUCGAUUGCUCGAGGCGCCAUCUGGGUCUAAAGUCGUCCACAGUUGACAUAAAAAACAUGUCCUCGGAAGAAGAUAAUAUCGAAUUGAGAGAUUUGGUUGCCCAAACAUUGGAAGCCAAUGGAGUACUUGCCCAAAUAAAAGCUCAGCUGCGGGCUAGUGUAUUUCUAGCCUUAGAUGAAGAUGUCAAGAUUAGCAAGCAGAAACCACUGCUCAACAAUAAGAUUAACACUUAUUUGAAUACUGAAGAAGGUAAAGCGAUGUUUUGUAUCGUUCACGAGUUCCUUGAAUUUUGUGGUUUGAAGUUUACUCUAUCAGUUUACGAACCUGAAUCUUACUUAGAAACUAAGAUUGAUUAUGAAGAAAGGCAACAGAUAGUCGAUAAACUAGGUUUGCAAAGUGAUGGAACUGGACCUCUUUUAUUGCAUCUCUUACAAAGUACGAAAGCAAAGUCAAGAAGUAUAGAAAUAAAUUUGAACAUUGGUGCUAAAUUUGAUCAAGAUAAAUCUGAAAGUGAGGAUAAAUCUGAUAGCCUUGUUAAAACUAUACCAGUUAGUGAUUGUUCAGAUAUUAUUGAGAACAAUAAAUCGUUAGAAGUUAAGACUCUUCGUGAUGAACAAAAGUUUAAUGCUACAUUCGACCUAUCUAGUCCAACUGUUGAUGUUCUGAAAACAAAGCAUACUGAAAAUCAUGAAAAGGUGAAUAGGUUCGAUGAAACCAAUGGAUAUCAAAAUAACAUUAACAAAUCUUCAGACAUAAAAACUGGAAACGAAGAUGAUACUAAUGGAGAUUCAAGUUCUCUAGUGGAUGACACUGAUUCUCAAUUCAACGACACAAACAAUGCAGAUAAAGUACCUGAAAUAACCGUCAGUGGCUCAGACGAAAUUAACUCAAAGGAAAAAGUUUCUGAAAGAUCCAAAAUAUCUCCCCCAAAGGCUGAUAAACUGAAAGCAAAGAGUAGUUUGAGUUCGCUGACUGAUCUUCCACCUCUGCAACUCAAUAAGUCUCGUGUCAAUGAUAUCCUACCAUCAUUGUAUAGUAAAGAAUUCAAGGAGAAGUCCAACCUACGCGAACUUGAUAAACUCUUUGAGAUGGAAGCAGAAUAUGAAGAAGACUUUAUUUGUGAUGGGGACGACUUGUCACUGAAAUCAGAGAGGUCAAAGGUCAACUUAUUAGAUGAAUUACAAAAUGCUGCUAAGAAUAGAUCAACCGAUGAAUCUAUCAAGAAUGACAAACAGAAAUCACCCAAUAGACAGAUUUCUGAUUCUAACACCGUGUUCAAACAUUUUGAAGGAAGUCUCAAGAAAACAGAUAAAGGCCAUUCAGAAACAAAUUCAGAAUAA